UGGUUAAUUUUUCCUGAAAUUCAUUCACCUGCGCUUUUACCGCAGAAAAGUUGGGUUUUGGAUCCUUUACUUCAGCCUGUAUUCUCCUGACAGGCUGUUGAGAAGUUCCUCCUUCCUCCGGGAUCGACCGAUACUGGAGUCCUGCACCUAAACCUUAUAAUGGCGAUGAAAACCCCUGGACUGAUUUCUAAUGAUCGUGUCCCUCUGCGUUUGUCUCAGAGUCCCGGAGGAGACGCGUCCCCCUCCAGAGGGUUAGAGCAUGACGAGAUGAAUGGAGUGAUAGAGGAAGCAGAACAACGAGGAGAGGACAGUCAGAAGCUUCCUGCUCAGGGAGACGUCCAGACAGAAGAAGAAGAACCGUCGGCAAAACAAAGCAGGACUCGGUCAAGACGGCGCUGCCACAUCUGUCCGGUAUGCAGCCGCGCGUUCACUCGUCCGUACCGGCUGGCGGCCCACAUGUGCACGCACUCUGGCGACAAGCCGCACAGCUGCGCCGUGUGCGGGAAGCGCUUCGCCGAGAAGAAAACCUUGACGGUGCACCAGCGAGUUCACACCGGUGAGAAGCCGCACUCCUGCACGGUCUGCGGCGCCAGCUUUGCUCAGCGGAGCUGCCUGCGGCGCCACAAGCUCGGCCACGCCGCGGAGAAACCCCACCGUUGCUCGGUGUGCGGCCGCGGCUUCAUCCAGCGGCGGCAUCUCGUGCAGCACGAACGGACGCACACCGGAGAGAGGCCGUUCGGCUGCUCGCUGUGCCCCAAGCGCUUCGCCUCGAGUUCGGGCCUUACCGAACACCAGAAGAGCCACGCUGAGACGAGCCCGCACUCCUGCCCGGUCUGCGAGAAGAACUUCUCCACGCCGGCGUCCCUCAGGGACCACGUGAGGCUCCACACCGGACAGAAGCCGCACCGCUGCUCGCUGUGCUUCAAGAGCUUCAACCGACCGGGCCUGCUGAAGAAACACCUGCAGAAACAUGCAGCGGAGCAAGCUGACGCUGCAGCUGGAAAGGAGGAAGCGCCUCACCGCUGCUUCCUGUGCCGCCAGGAUUUCUCCUCUGCCGAGAAGCUGCAGCAGCACCUGCAGCUCCACGAGAGGGGGCUGCCGUUUGUGUGCGACGUGUGCGACCGCAGUUUCAGCAAAGCGUCCCGGCUGAGGGAGCACGUCCGCACGCACACCGGCGAGAAGCCGUUCCAGUGCGACGUCUGCAAGAAACAGUUCUCCAGGCAGAGGGUGUUAACGAGGCACCUGGAGAUCCACAGCAGGGAGGGACGCAAUGUCUCCGGCGCCGCCGCCUCUGCUGCUGACGCUGCUGCCCCCGCCAGUUCUCUCGCCGCCACCGCCGCUGCUGCUGGCUCUCCAACGGGCGCCACGCUGUCGGACGCAGACAACAAGAAAGCAGAUGAGCCGGUCAAAGUUGGCAGUCCGAACGGGCUGCAGGUCGAGAACCGGAACGAUGAAGAGGAAGCGGUGCAUUCACUGACCGGUGAGAACAUCAAACGCGGAUCUAAAGACAUUAUAGUCGGAAAGAAUGACGUUAUAUACGGUGGUCCCGGCGGAGUGAAGAAGCUCUACAUCUGCUCCGUCUGUGGGAAGAGCCUAUCGAGGCCGUACAGGCUUAAGGAACACAUGAAGAUGCACACGGCGGAGGAGCUGCAGCGCUGCUCGGUGUGCGGGAAGUCCUUCUCCACCACCACCAACCUGAAGGCUCACGAGAAGACGCACCUGGCCAACAAGCCUCACCCCUGCAGCAUCUGCCCCCGGAGCUUCCUGUGGCCCAGCCAGCUCCGCAGACACAUGAGGGUCCACAUCCGGGACGGACUUGUCGCAGACCCCGCGGACAAGGAGUUGUGGUUCAACAUGAAGACUGAAGAAGAAGAGGAGGAGGAUGAGGAGGAGGAAGAACGGGAGGAAGGCCUGAGUGAGCAGGACUCCGAAGACCUUUCUGCCUUCGCUACGUCAGGACCGCUAGCUGGUGGCCGCGGCGACCAGGGCACGCCGCUGUUGAAGGAGGACGAGGACGAAGACGUGGGCGGUUUGAUAAACUCUGACGGAGAGGAAGAAGACUGGAGACCGGCGCUGAUCGAACAGGACGGGCGCUCUGAGAUCCAGGCCGACGGAGGCGUCGGCGGAGGCGGGCGGGCGGGAAAAGUAAGCACUGCUGUCCCGUGUGCGGCCGCGACUGCUUCAAGGCGUCGGCGCUGCAGAAACACCUGAGGAUCCACUCGGGCGAGCGCCCGUUCCAGU